UCUGAGAUGGCGGCGCCAAGUUUGCGGCGCCGUGAGCUGCGUUUCGUCAGCGACAAUGAUGUGUUGGGGCACGUCUCGGAGAGCGCGCCGGGCAAUAAGCUGCAGAACAAUGUGACCCGGCUAUUCGUAAAGGCGAAAUCAGUUCCCAGGCAGUGGAAGGAGACACAAGCAGACGGGGAGAGUACCGAGACAUUCAAUGAACAGGAUUACGUUGAGGCCCUUGGAGUAGACAGCACAGAUUAUCCCAGAAAUUCAGAUGAUGCGGUGCCUACAGCGGGUGGUGAUGUCUUUACCUUUCAGAGCAUCAAAAGGGGAAACAAGAUGGCAAAGAAGGCCUCCGAACUUGCUCACACCCCCGGGAAAAGCGUAGCAUUCUGUGUGACUAACAACCCAUCAACAGUGGAUAAAAGUGGGAAGAAUGGACAAUCGAUCCAGACCAAGACCCCUGCAAAGAGUAAGAGGCAGUUUGUGUCCACUACCCCCUACAGACUGAGGAAAAGGCUGAUUGAAUCACCUGGCCUCAGCAGUGAGAGUGAUUACUCAUCUUCUGACUUUGAGAAUGAAGAGGAUAACUCCCUGGGAGGAGACAUCAAUGAGAGGCCUGUGUGUGAAGCAGUGACGUUAGGCCUAGCUCCAACUCCCAGCAAGAAAGCUGCAAAACCUUCCCAGCCAAGCGUUGUUGAACUAUACUUUGAAGCUCACAGUAAUUCGAAAGUCCUGACUUCUGACCGUACUUUACAGAAGCUGCAGAACCCAAAAUUGGACCAGGAGACCUUGGUGAGGUUGCUGAGAGAUGACAGAUUGCCUUUCUCAACUGAGGUCAGACAGCUGAACAAGGGACACAAAAACUUUUUUCUCAAAUGGAUGCUGCAAACACGACUGGGGUUCAGCAUUCUGUUGUAUGGACUUGGCUCCAAGAGGGAAUUGCUGGAAGAGUUCCGCUCUCAGAUGCUGGAGGGCACUGUCCACCUGGUGGUGAAUGGAUUCUUUCCAAGUAUCACUCUUAAAUCUAUUCUGAACUCUAUCACAGAAGAGGUUUUGCAAUCUGAGGGAAGCUUCCGAAACCCCAUGGACCAAUUAGGAUUCAUUACCAGGGCAUUUAAUGAGGAUCCCUCAUUGGAUCUUUAUCUUCUAAUCCAUAACAUUGAUGGGCAGAUGUUACGCGGGGAACGGAACCAGCAGAUAUUAAGCCAACUUGCAGCUAUCCCUGGUGUCCACCUCCUCGCCUCCAUUGAUCACCUGAAUGCUCCUCUGAUGUGGGAUCAGACACGGAGCUCUUUCUUUAACUGGCUGUGGUAUGAAGUAACAACCUUUAAGCCUUACACAGAGGAGACUUUGUAUGAAAACUCGCUACUGGUUCAACAGUCGGGAGUCUUGGCUUUGAGCUCAUUGAUUCACGUACUGCGCAGCCUCACUCCCAAUGCCAGGGGAAUAUUUAAACUUUUGGCUCGGUUCCAGUUGGAGAACAAGGAUAACUCAUCUUACCCAGGUUUGUCCUUUCAGGAUUUCUAUCAUCGAUGUCGUGAGGCUUUCUUGGUGAACAGUAACCUCACUUUGCGAGCACAGCUUACCGAAUUUAGAGAUCAUAAACUGAUCAGGAGUAAAAAGGGUGCCGAUGGUGUGGAAUAUCUUGUCAUCCCUGUUGACUAUGCAACACUGAGUGACUACCUUGAAAUGGAAGAUAAGGAAUUGUAGAUUGAAGAGAGAUGCUUCGCAGGAUAUAGGGUUACAGGAAAACAUUGGGCGUCUGUCACUCAAAUUGGUCCAGCGCUUCAUAUUUGCUGUGAAGGGUCAUAUGAGAGCGACUUUUGACUUGCAACUGUAAGAUGUGUUAGUCCAUCCAUUUAUUGCCUAUGUGACUAAUUAAUGGCUUGCAAGUUCCUGGAGUACAAAGCGCCUCCCUGUUCAUGGAGUGGAUGAAGUGGGAAUUUGUGGUUAGAGCAAUCCAAGACGUUCUUUCUCAAGAAGUGUUUUCUGUGGAUGGUUCUAAGGGUGGAUGGUUCUAAGGGUGUCUGUUGGGUGAGGAGCUUCCUGCAGUCUCCUGUUCUUCAGUUCACCUUCCUGUUGACAGUACAACUACUUAUAGAAUUUUGUUUAAAAAAAAAUUACAUUAAAGAUUUCAAACUAUGUAUCUGGUACACAAUCAGAACCUUUUUUAAUAAUUGCCUCUGUCAACUCCCGGCACAUUAUGUCCUGUUUCCGUGUCUCUGCCUGGACCUUAGCAGCCUUUUGGGGACAGUUCCAGAGUUUAACUAUUUCAGUUGUUCUGUAACUGAAAUCCUGUAUUCUGCUGCUUGUUCCAUUCACCUGUUAUCUUUCAGUUUUUGUUGAUCUAUGUUGGCUUCAGGUUCAGCUGGAAAGUUAAAUUCAAUUAAGGUAAUCUGGAAUUAGAUACCUGGUAUUUUGACUGGUGAAUAUGAAACAACAGGAUUACAUACAAAUCAGUCUGGUUUAUUUGUAUCCUUCAGCAGAGGAUAUCCACUGUGCCUAGUGUGCCUCACAUACGACUCAAAAAUGGUAGUGGUAGCCUCUAAAAUGUCACCCAGUUGAAUCAAACUACACUAAAACAAGAAUAAAAUGAACAAACCAUAGGAACUACAGCACAGAAACAGGCCUUUUGGCCCUUCUUGGCUGUGCCGAACCAUUUUCUGCCUAGUCCCACUGACCUGCACACGGACCAUAUCCCUCCAUACACCUCCCAUCCAUGUAUCUGUCCAAUUUAUUCUUAAAUGUUACAAAAGAACCCGCAUUUACCACCUCGUAUGGCAGCUCAUUCCAUACUCCCACCACUCUCUGUGAAGAAGCCCCCCCUAAUGUUCCCUUUAAACUUUUCCCCCCUCACCCUAAACCCAUGUCCUCUGGGUUUUUUUCUCCCCUUGCCUCAGUGGAAAAAGCCUGCUUGCAUUCACUCAAUCUAUACCCAUCAUAAUUUUAUAUACCUCUAUCAAAUCUCCCCUCAUUCUUCUACGCUCCAGGGAAUAAAGUCCCAACCUAUUUAACCUUUCUCUGUAACUGAGUUUCUCAAGUCCCGGCAACAUCCUUGUAAACCUUCUCUGCACUCUUUCAACCUUAUUUAUAUCCUUCCUGUAAUUUGGUGACCAAAACUGAACACAAUACUCCAGAUUCGGCCUCACCAAUGCCUUAUACAACCUCAUCAUAACAUUCCAGCUCUUAUACUCAAUACUUUGAUUAAUAAAGGCCAAUGUACCAAAAGCUCUCUUUACGACCCUAUCUACCUGUGACGCCACUUUUAGGGAAUUUUGUAUCUGUAUUCCCAGAUCUCUCUGUUCCACUGCACUCCUCAGUGCUUUACCAUUAACCCUGUAUGUUCUACAU